AUGGUGCGCGGCAGGAGCGCUCACUCCAUGUGCCAGUCGAGGGCGCCUCCUGCCGCGGUUCCGGAGACUUGGGGGGUGAGGGCUCCCCGACUUAACCCGGGGCGGGGCGGGCGGGCAAGUGAAGUUGGUGCACCAGGCGUUGUUCAGCUCCCGGCGCUCCUGGCUCCAGGUCCGAAGGCGAGCCGAGCUAGCGUGUCCCGGGCGCAGCACGAGGCGCAGCACCGAGCUCCCCGGUUGCCCUGCGGGACCCGAGUUGUUGGCUUCUUAACUCCCCUGAGCGAGCGCCUCUUCUGCCGCCGCAGCUGCCGCCGCCACCUCUCGGCCGCCUCCCGCCUUCCUCCCAGCCUUUUUAUAGGCUCUGCCCUCUCUCGAGGCCAGCCCCACCACCUCCUCUUCUAUUUCCCUCUGACAGCCACACUGGCCUGGCUGGCUCUGCGCCCCGGGAAUCCCCCGCCUUCUUUCUCGGCCCCGCGCUCCGACGCUUCUCCAGCUCCCCAGUCUGCGUCCUCCCGGCUCGGAGCCACCGGGGCCGGGCAGAGGUGGUCGGCGACCUUCGUCCUUUCCUCAACUGCCCGAGAAGAAGCAGACGGCCAGCUGGAUCAGCUGUCCGCCACAGUGCUCCUAGGGAACUCUACUACGGAAACGGAGAAGCAGCGCUCUCUAGAGCCGGAUGGGGAGACCUACACAAUUCAGCACCCGAGAUACCCUUCUCGAUGCCCCAAACCCUGGAAUUUAGAGCGGCGAGUGACCCUACAGAUGAUCCCCUUCAAUUCUCAUUUUACAAAGAAAUGAUUUCAGACCCAUA